AUGAAACCAUCUAAACUGCAAGAUCAUCUGAGAAGAUGCCACCCUGAUAAAACAGAGAAAGAUUUGAAAUACUUUCAAACACUCAAAGAUAAAUUUCAGAAGAGACCUACACUGGACAGAAUGUUCGCUUCGACGUCACAAAGAAAUGAUGAUGGUUUGCGGACGUCUUACAAUAUCUCGUUACUUAUAGCAAAAUCAGGAAAACCGCAUACUAUCGGAGAGACGUUAAUUUUGCCAGCCGUUGAAGAGGUUUUAAAAACUGUUUUACACAAACCUGCAUCUGAUAUCAUUAAAAGAAUUCCCUUAAGCAACAAUACUGUUGAAAGACGUAUUGAGUUCUGA